CUAACGGCCCUUUUAGCCACGAUUUAUGGCGCACCGGUAUCUGCGUGCGGGAAAACUGGUUGCGGCGUUUCGAUAUCGAGGGGGGCCCUCGUUACCAGUUUGAUAUGCCGGCGCGAGUACUUAAAGCCCCGCAAAACUACGAACGACACUGCUUUUCGUACGCGUCUCAAGUUGUUGCGAGCGCAGGAUGGGACUCCUCGUACUUUUCGCUCUCGCCGUUCUCGUCGGCGCUCAUUGUUCCGGCGAUCUGAACGACGCAUCCCUGGACUCCCUGGAGGCCGGAGAGAACGUAGAUUAUCCGAGCUAUCGGGACUUCGACGCAUCCCUCGUCGAGGAAUGCGGGGAGCACGAGGAGUACAGCGAGUGUUCCGGGGACCCGAGCUGUCGGAAGACAUGCGAGAAUGCGGACCGCUGGAGGACGACGGCUUGCGCCGGCACGAAGAUCUGUAUUCGGGGCUGCGUCUGCGAGGACGGCUACGCGCGGGACGAUCGCGACGUCUGCGUCAGGGAGACCGACUGUCCCCGAGCGCGCGGCGUUAAUUCCGCUAACUAGAGCGGCUAGAACGUGGCUGUUCACUCUCGCCGAGUUUUUCGUCAAGCGUCUAGGAGCGUCUCCUUUGAGGCCACUCGCGCGCGCGUAAUUCUCGAGCAUGAUUUGAAAUACAUAUAUA